AUGGGUCAUGACGAACUCUAUCCGCUGCUAGCAAGCGCCAACCAGCUUAUGUCAAAAUUGUAUCCCUUGAAACCGACGCCCAAGUCCCAGAAGAUGCAUGCUUCUUCUUUACCUGAAUCUGUUCAACGCCCAGCAGAUAACGUUGAAGGCCAUGUAAUCUUCGGCACCUGCAUCGGCAGCGGCCCACUUGGGUUCCGAACGACCGGAGAACAGCAUCUUGCGUUGAGCUCGUUUGAUAUGUUGGUUAUUCUGGUCACUCAAGGCAAAUUCUACCGAGAUGACUUCAGACACUUUAUAAACAUUCCGAUUUCAUCGUCUGCUGACAUGCAAGCUUUUACCUUGAGAACCGCACUGGGUUUUAAUCUUCUUUCAAUCUUUGCGGCCAUUCGUCUGAUCGCGGGCGGUGAUUUGCCAUGGAACCUGGGAGUGCACGAAGCCUCACGGGAGAGAAUUCAAAGAGUGAUCGAUGGCGAAUGGAUCGAGCUUCCAAACAAUAAAGUGGAAUGUUGGUACCCGGAUACAGUCAAAAAUGUGGUUGAAGGAAAGGGAAGCACUAUACAGAGGGAAGAACAUGUCCAGAAUGCAAUGAAGGCUUGGAAAUCAGGUAUAGAGAAGGAUCCAAGUGAUUUUAUGAAAACAAGUCUUGGCUGGACAGACAGCCUGAGCCAUCUGGAACUACCGGCAUUUUUGAGUGCGAGCGACUACGGUAAUCCGGAGUUGGUGGUUUUCAAAAAGAAUGAUUUUCCCUGGCGCCUGUCGAAGGAUGUUGAGCAUCAUGUUAUGUGGUUUCGACCACCAUUGGUCACACCGGCGGCAUUCAAACGACUGAGACGCGACCGGGCAUACCCCAAGCACGAAUUUAAAACCAUGAAGGACCCAAGAGGAGAGGCCCUAAUCGAGUACUUGAACGAGAACGAUAUCUACGGUUGGACUGGACUUCCACCAUCAGCAGUCAGCCCGUUUCGCCAAUCAAGCGAGCUGCAUCCCAUGGAAGCCAUAUGGCGCAGUCAGUCUGGAGAACCCAUUUCGCGCGAGCAAGCUGCAGAAGCCAUAAGAUGGGUCGCCAGACACACAAACAGACUCAUAGAGAAGCAGUUUCCGCCUUCCCUUUAUGAAACCGUCUGGAAUCGAACUAAUUACCGUGUUCGAUCGAUUCUGGAGCCAAACCACAUCCAUGUCCUUGUGAUCCCUAAAACCUCGCCAUACUCAUACUUCAGUCAAUAUCUUCGCUCCCUCACCCUUCAUGGAUAUGGUAGAUACGCGCUGCGGGCAAGAAAGAAAUACAAGAAAACAUCGAUCGAAGAUGUUCUCCCUCAAAACUCCUACAGCGGAUACAACCUGCGUGCAAGAAAAAACUAUGGCAAAACAAUCAAUAAGGACAUCUUCCAUCAAGAAUUGGCAACUUAGGAAAACACUAAAUACCGUUUCUUUACUCAUAAAGUUUUAUUUUUCAACUUUUGUCUUUGACAUAUGCGAAGUUUGACCCAAGGUCAAC